AUGUCUACGGUUCUCCCACUUACAGCUACGACCCACCUUCCUUACUCACUUUUUCACCAAUUCAAGAAACGCCCACUUUGUUUCUUGCCACCACAACCUCCUCCUACUCUUUGGUCUCACCCACCUUGUUUGGUUUCACUGAGGAUUAGGUAUUGUCCGAGAACUUUGUUGCACAAGAAUGAGCUUCUUGCUCGGGCCGAGGAUAAAGCCCGAGGUGGCUCUUCUUCUUCUUCGUCGACUCAACAACCCAACUCAGAUAAGAAAUUUCAGGAUUUGAGUCUGUCCGGAACAUGUGAUCCUUUAUGUUCUGUUGAUGAUGCGAGCUCAGAAGAUUUUGAAGUCAAUAACCAACCCAAGACUGAUUUGCUGAAAGCUCUUGCAAUUUUUGCAGCAGCUGGAACUGGGGCAAUCGCGAUAAAUCAUUCUUGGGUUUCAGCAAAUCAGGAUGUUGCCAUGGCAAUUUUAUUUGUGAUAGGAUAUGCUGGCAUAAUAUUUGAAGAGUCGCUGGCUUUCAACAAAAGUGGUGUGGGACUCCUAAUGGCUGUUAGUUUGUGGGUUAUACGGAGCAUUGGGGCCCCUUCAACUGAGAUAGCUGUUUCAGAAUUGUCGCAUGCAUCUGCUGAAGUAAGUGAAAUAGUAUUUUUCUUGCUUGGUGCAAUGACCAUUGUGGAAAUAGUUGAUGCUCAUCAAGGAUUCAAGCUGGUCACAGACAACAUCACUACUCGCAAUCGGAGAAGUCUGCUUUGGGUGGUAGGUUUUGUGACAUUUUUCCUCAGUUCUGUCCUUGACAACCUGACUUCUACCAUUGUGAUGGUCUCCUUAUUGAGAAAAUUGGUAUCAGUUAUCACCUUCUGA